UUACAGACGUGAAAAGCAGACAGACCACGGACGGAUUUUGUAAGCCAUAAUCGAGCGGAGGAAUAUAAUUCCAAUAUUGCCCUAUUUGGAUCGCGAAUCCAGACGAACGGAGUCGAGGUGUUAUCAGCGAUAACUACGAGGAAACAGUUCAGCACCGGAAGUGGACCGAGCGAUCCCUAGAGAAGAAACGAGGGAAAACGCAGCUGAAAGAUUUUUUGGAGAAUCUCUGGUUCGCUUAAGAAACAGAAGUUCGGGAUAGAGGUUGGCUAGCUCAACGAAUGGAACAAAAAAUGAUCACCCAAAUAAAUCGACGGAAAUAGAACCAGAGAUAUCAUAUUGGGUACCAAAAUAUUGGUUGUGGAUUAAGGGUAUAAUUCGUUGAAGGAAACUUGUCGGCACCAUGGCUUCUAAGAAGCGAUCGGUACGUGUGUUCAGCUUGCUGGUCAUUUUCCUGCAAUUCGAAGUGCAGGUUCAAUCACAGCAGCAUGACCAUAACUCACAUCAAGGGCACCAGAAUGAGCAGUUGAACUUUGGAGCACAAGAGAUAUAUUCGUCUUCGUCACAGCAGGAGCAACAGCAGCUUAUGGACGAAAUGUUUCAAGGAGGAGAAGGUGUCCUUCCGAGGGGUGGCUUGCUGGACAAAACCAGCCCGGAACUGGUUGGGAACUUGAUAUUUCAGCCCAGUUUACUAGACUUCUUGGAACGGUCCAUCGGAGAUCCACAUAAUCAGGUGGUAAUUCUCAUAAACAAACACAAAAGCCGAAGUGUCGUGCUCGGUUCUAUAUCUGGCAAUACGCCGGAUUUCUAUAGUUCUUAUUUUAAAGAUAUGGUUAUUCCUCCCGAGGGCAAUACUACCUUCAAUGUUGUAUUUCUGCCCCGACAGCUAGGCGCCACAGCUGGAUCGAUUGAGAUUCAUACCUCCUUUGGUUUGCUCCAAUAUCAUGUCCAAGGGGAAGGUAUUGAGUGCCCGUACAGGCUUAAGCCACUAGUGGGACUAAAGGCUCCACUCAAUGCCACGCUUACACCAGAGAUUACACUGCAUAAUCCUCACGACACGCCGCUUCAGAUAGUAGAAAUCUACAGCAGCGGAGGGAAUUUUCAGUUAGAACUACCGACAGGAGCACAAGAAGGUCCGCAAGCCAUGUGGGAAAUUCCUCCACACAGUACUCAAAGUGUAAUUCGGGUGCGAUUUCAUGGAAAAUCACCCGGAAACCAUUCAGCAUACGUUCGAAUUAAAAUUUCCGGUGGAAGUCAACAACCUUCUCUAGUCGAAAAAAUGCUUGUUGUCCCGAUUGAGAUCGAAAUCUCCAAAGAAACCGGUUACUAUUCCAAGGUUCCUUUUCUAGACAUGGCAUUGGAUGGCACGAAAGAAAACAGCACCGUGAUCAAAGUAAACUUUACUAACUCCGGUAAUACCUACUAUAUGAUCUCAGGUUGGGGGAUCUUCUCGGAUAACUUUGUACUGGAUCCAUCCAAAACUAAAUUUAACAGGCAAAACAAUCAGUUGCAAUUUGAAAUCGAUUGGAGUAAAGUUACCAAAGACAUUCAAUAUUUUCGAGCAGAACUAGAUCUGGAAUACAGAAAGGUUAAUCAAGGAAUACAACAGGAGGACUUUGUCUGUAGAGUCCCCUUAACAAUAAAACUUCUGCACGGUCAGUUGGACUACGAUCCUGAAAUACUAAAAUUCCUAACACUGAAAAGCGAAGAACAUAAUGAAAACCUGCAAACGCCACGAGCCGUCGUAAUUCAGAACAAAUUUAACGUGCCAUUAUCUAUUUCCAACAUCUCAGUACCUGAAAACUGCUCCAGCAAUUUUCUCCUCCAGGAUUUCCAUCCCACAAUAAUCGCACCCAACAAGGAAAAAACUCUAUUCCGAAUAUCACGCAUCCUAGCGGAUAAUCUAAAUCAAUCCGUCGCAACAUACGUUAGAAUUCUCACCAACAUUUCCAACUACGAUCUACCGAUCUACAGUUUUACGGGUAGACUGAAGCGUAUACUACCGUUUUCGACUACCAUCCCUCGUACAGCUGUCGAUUACCAGACGCUAGAUCUCGACGAAAAGCAGCUGAACUUUGGGAUUCUUCCCACCGCUACCCUAGGGGAGGCAUUGAUUGCGUUCUUUAACCCUAACCCCAUUCCGAUUCCGAUCCGACACUGGAAGGGUCAGUUGAACCCAACUACGUCGAGCACACCCACUAUAACGGUCAUCCUAAGAGGUUGUGGUCCUGCGGUGCAAAAUUUGUUUAUGUUUUGCCACACAAUUCCACCGCAGCAGUGGAUCGUCUAUCAGAUAUCCGUGCAGUCCAGUAGCACCGAUAGCUACCAGGGACGAUUUAGCAUCGUCACCGAUUACGAAGAAAUUGUGACACCAAUCAGCUUCACAACGGCCAUCGGGAAACUGGAGCUCAACCGGGAACUGCUGCAUUUCGGUGAUUGUUUUCCGGGUAAAAUAUGUUCCCUUAACCUUACGGCCCACUCAACGUUCCUUUCGAAAAUACACGUCGAGGGCAUCAAAACAGAUGUGGAGGGUAUCGAGUUCACCGUAGAAAGUAGACAUCCACCGGUCAUUCAUCCCAAUACGGUUACAAACAUCGGGAAGCUGGUGUUCGAUCCGAAGGUCAUCUGUCGAACGGAUUGUUACAGCAGUUUCGAUCUCCUUUCAAAACCUUUCGGGGUCAAGUGGAUGGCUACUCUGGAUAACUACGAACAAUACAGGAAGUUGGACAGUGAAAAAUUACUGCAACAGUUAAAGUUGUACGCGGAUAUGAAAAAGGCUUGGCAGAGCAUCCGGUUCCAGCUGACGACGGAUCCGAUUCGGAAGUUUGAGUUCAACGCCUCGGUUGACUUGGUGUGGCCCAAACUGUUGACGGAAAACAUUUACUUCCCAACGUUGCAGAUCGAACAGGAAGCAGUGAAGCUAAUCACGAUCAAUAAUCCUUCGGAUCAAAUUCUUUUCGUUCAUUUGGUUCUGCACGAUGUAAAAGUCCAUGGGAGUGACAUCAGUUCGAUUCCACCGGAGAUUCUAUCGCGGCGUGAGAACUGCAGCUUGAGCGAGGAGAAUGUAUUUUCUUUUUUCCUAUUCGAUUACGACGAUAUCUACGUGAACUAUGUGAAGCCGAAAUCGUUUCUGAAAAUAGCCGUUAAAUUUACGGCAAAAGAACCGGGAACGUAUUCCACAAUAUUCUACAUGCGCAACAAUCUAACAUUGAUUGACGCUGUUUGGAUACAGGCCAAGGCGGUAGUGCCGCAGUUUAAGUUCGGCAAUCGAAAACCUGGCUCAGCAACUGCCCUACAGUUUGAGAUUACUGAUAAGCAUCUGAAGAUGUGUACGAAGUUUCAAGAACCCGGUGCGGAGGCCGUAAGCAUUCAAACAAAGCGAUCGUUUACGGCACGAAACUAUGGAGAGGUUCCGAUUGCAAUUUCCGGAAUUCGAGUGGAAGAUCUUCUCUGCGAAGGUUACGGUUUCAAAGUAUUAGACUGUUGGCCAUUCGAGUUGCAACCAAAUGCAAGUAAAAAGAUUGAGAUUGCAUUUUCACCAGAUUUCACUCUGGCACGAGUGACACGAACGUUGAAUUUCGAUACGAAUAUCAAUUUUUCAGUAAAUUUUACCUUGCUGGGAACUGUUCCGGCGCACGGUUUGGAAUCCUGUAGUUUAAGUUUACGAAGACCGUGGUUCGAAUCGAUCCUAAGAGUAGCAUUGAUUUGCGUUCUUCCAUUGGCAUUGGUGGGGGCCUUAAUAGCGGCUUUUCUGGAAUCAAACAAAGUCAUCAGAGAUCACAUACUAAACAUGUCAAGGGAUCGUGGACCUAUACAGCCUCCUCUAGACUUACGGCAGAUCGCAUUGCAAAGUCCCGUUACAACGGAUGAUCAACCGGAAAAAGUCACAAAUGGACCGAACAAAGGCAACCAGAAUAAUUCUAAGAAAAAAGCUCCCCCGAGGCAACAGCUGUCAAAUAAUAGAUUAUCUAAUGGUAAUGCCAUUUCCGGUUUAAACAAAACUUGGAACGAAUUCACUUCGAAAAUUGGAAGGGGGUUAAGUUCAAAAUUGUCUUCUGAACCAGAAGCCAAUUCGAAUAAACAUUCGCCUGAAUCAACCGAAAAGAAAUCACAAAAGAAUCGUAGAUCGAUAACUCCUUCCAAGGAAAAUACGGCGUCAGCCAGUAAUCUACCUAUGAACGCCAAAGAUCGAAACAAAUCUCCGGUGGAAGAAGAUUCCAGUUCCACCACCACAGAAUGCUCGGAAAGCUCCUCAAUUUCAUCAUCCUCUUCAGGAUCCUCUGGAACAUCGUCUGUCACGACACUUUCAGCGACAUCCAUGUACAAAGCAGAACCCAUCGUGCACACUCUUCUGCAGAGCUCCAAAUCGGCGAACUGCCACCAUCAGCAACAACAACAACUGACAAAAGCAUGUGACUUAAAGGCGGAAUCAAAUUCCAACUCGACUCAAAAUGUGCAAAUGAGCAAUGGUUAUCAUCAGCAACAACAGUCCAAAGCAAGUCCUCAACAGACUCAGCCGGUAACAGUUGGUAAAACCAACGUUAAGAAAACUAAAAGCCUACCGGUCGCUUAUGAAUCAUCACCGAUCCUUGCGGCGGAACAUCAAAACUCGAGUUCAACCGCCUCGGCCAAUGUUCAAUCAAAGCCAAGGCAACCGGCAGCAGCCGAUACCUUAAGCGGAAUAACGACGGCGCUAGCUGCAGCGGCAGCGAUUGGAUUGACGGCCACCGUGUCUCCUAGUUCGGAAAAUGCUGGCAAAGCAACCGGCGGCAGCGCAACAACGAAUGGCACCGGUAGCGGAAACUUUCGGAACAAUGUCGUCAAAAAUCAAUCCAACGAUAAGGGGAAAAGUAGCAAGUCUUCUGAAAAACCUAAGGAAUACAUUGGGAAAGAGAGCGGUGCGGCUUUUGGAGAAAACUUGGGAAAGAACGAUUCAUCAAGUGGCAAGAAAUUCGGCAAAACUCCGGGACGGGAACGGAAAUCGAAUAGCCAAGGCAAAAAAUCUGGGAACCAAAAAACCCUUCACAAGGCUCAGGUGCUCCAGUUUCCAUCCCCUGGUUCCUCUGGCAGUAAACCGGGAGGAAGUUCGGCGGGUUCCAAUAACGGAACUGGGGCAAGCUUUUUUCUCACCGGUAGCAAUAUUCCUACGAAUGCGACGGUCAGUGGUGCUGGAAACCAAAACGUAUGGGGUGAGAAUCGCGCACGUUUUAGCGACGUUGUGGCACAGGCUUCAUUGGACAAAGCUGCGAGUAAUGCUGCUAAGUUUUUAAACUUUGAUCUGAGCGCAGGUCUCGAAAGGUUUGGUCUGAGCAGUACUUGCGAUGGAAUUCUGCCUCAAAAUGACGGAACAACUAAAUCUGCUUCCUCUGGUUUGUUUGGCAAAUCCAAGGAUGAUGGAGGCGUUGGCACGGAAAAGGAUCUUAACGUAAGCGUUGGACCUGAAUUAGGACCGAUCGGUACCAGUAAGAAGUCGCCAACGUCCUCCCCGAAGUGCUGGGAGCCUUUCGGCAAUUCUAUCCCGAGACCAACAUCGCUCGCUCUAGGGAAUGAUAUUGAACCGUCAGAAAGUUAUUUCUCGCAACAUUACGGCGAUUUCAAUCACAAUUCAGUUGGUGAUCAAUUCCGCACGAACAGCAAUUUAGUCAAUGGAAGCCAUUCGAAUCAAGCCAGUUUUGGGGGAAUGAACAAUAGUCACCCAAUGUCGAAUUCCUCGGGUCCAAUAGAUUCUGGAAAUGAUUUGAAUAAUAUGGUUCUCGAUCACCGUGACUGGGAUACGGAAAAAAUGCUCUGGCAAAUGAUUCAGAAAGAGGAAUCCAACACUAAUUCGCUCGUCGAUUGGUCCUCGUUGUGGACAGCCCCUACAGUAUAUUCGCAAAACAAUAAUCACUUGCAACAUCAGCAGCAACAACUUCCGGCGCUGCAGGCUAGCUCCCGCUUGGCAAACAGCUGGCUGAACACAUCAACAGUGGGCCCCUCAACCAGUGCUAGACCGCCACAUAUGCCACUUCGAGCUCCGCCAGGAUUUUCACCGGUCAAACCAACGCCGAAUCACUCCAUUCUUCUUCAACAAGCACAGCAUCAGCAGCAGCAGCAACAACAACAUCAGCAGCAAAUGCAAGCUCAAUUCAACGCUUUACAGCAACAGCAGCAACAGAACAACUUAACGGCUUACGAUCCAUUCCGUUUGAGCUCGAUUUGGGCACCAGCCAAUUCAGGUGCCGAUGUGUGGAGCGAGAAAAAAUAAUUGCGUCCAAGCUUGGAUUUGAUUUUUCGGUGAUUUCGCACAGAACAAAGAACAAGUAGUAGAACUGCUAUUUUUUAAAAUUCUUUUUCAUUAUUUUACACAUGAACUAAUUUUUACCAAAAAAUAAUAAUUUGAACCAUAGAUACUCACACAUGUAUAAGGUUUUUUCGGUUUAUUUCAUUGAAGUUUUUCAUUUUCUGUCGAUUUUCCACCCACCAGAAACGUAAUAUUAUCCGGUUUUUCGUAACUAACCUCCCGUUUGUAUUUGUAAACCUGCUGCUAGGUUUUUAGUUUCAAGUUACAGAUCGUUGCUAAUCGAAUAACUGAUUUGUUGCUUGCAGUUUCUUUGUAUUAUUUUUCGUGAACAUAAUCAGCAAGUAGAUUUAAGCAAGGUCAGACAGAAAAAAAACGGUAGCAAUUUUCGGUGUGAAAAGUUGACUUAUGUAAAACAAUAAUUGAUACACAAGCCUAGAUUGGAGUAUAACAUUGGUAAAUUAUUAAACAAAAAAGCACAUUAUAUCAGAUAUCUUUAUUAUAGAACAAACAAUUAAUUGAAAGAACAAUUGAAUUAUAACAGGAAAGCAUAUAAGAAACGUUUGGUUUAUACAGCACUUUAACCAAUAUUCUUACUAUCAAUUAACCAUAGAACUGAUUCUUCAUUGAUAGGAACAAGUGGUAUUGAACUACUUUGAAGAAUUUCGCUCCAAAAUAAGUGCUAUCCAACAACACGCAUCACUAAAGACAAAAUGAACUCCAAAAACGCUGCUGUUCGCACAAAGCCAAAUAAAAGGUGAUUUAAUUAAUUACCUAUUAAUCAGAAAAGGAAGAAAGGAUUUGCCAGUGAAUCUGCAUUGGUUUCAAACUGAUGUGUAACUGUUUUAGACGACGAGGAUGAUGAUGAUGACAACCGCGCACCGCCCAACGGACAAAUGGAAUGGAGAUUAUUCUAACAUAAUGUAAUGUUAAAGAAAAUCAGCAAAUCAAUCUGCUGAAACUGAACCGGAUUGGCAUUUGUGGCCACUGGGAAAUUGUGUGAGCACAACCAAAAGCCGAAUCGGACAAAUGAAGAAAAAAUAAAUCAGAACGAAAGGAAGGAAACGUUGUCAGUU